AUGAUGACAUCAUUGACGCAAACAUUUGCUGUUUCUUCUGGUGUCAACUAUGAAUAUAUUUAUCAUGCACCAACGGGAAAUGAGACAACGACAUUUCUAUUUCUACAUGGUUUUCCUUCAUCAUUACACAGCUGGCGUCAUCAAAUCAAUCAUUUCAAUAGUCUUGGCUAUGGUUGUUUAGCACCCAAUCUUUUGGGUUAUGGUAAGACAUAUUCGCCUUCCAAUAUUACAGAGUACAGAACAAAACAGAUGGUUCUUCAUCUUGUUGCGCUUCUCUCACAUCUAAUGAUUAGUCGUCCAGUAAUUGUUGUCGGUCAUGAUUUUGGAACAGUGCCUGCUUCUCGAUUCGCUCUCUAUGAGCCAAAACGUGUUCAAGCUCUUAUUCUUCUGAGCAUCGGCUACAGUCCGCCUGGCUCUCAGGAUAGCGGCAGAGCUGCUGAUGCCACCAAGGAAAUACUAGGCUAUGAUGCAUUUGGCUAUGGGCAAUUUUUCGGUUUGGAUCCAGAUGCAGCCAAUAUUAUUGAAAAGAAUGUUAACAGUUUUCUUGAUAUCGCGUUCCCACCCACAGAUGAUGCGCUUACUCUUUGGCGUUCGAAUUUUUCUCCCACAGGUAAACUAAAAGAAUGGCUUUUAGAAGGCAGACGCUUGCCUCGUCGAGCAUCUUAUUUAUCAGACACCGACUAUAAUGUUUACCUUGGUUAUAUCUUGGAAGGAAUGAGGCCAAAAUUGAACUGGUAUACAGCUCGGUUAAACAAUAUUAAUGAAGAAGACGAACGAUAUUUGAAUUCUAAUCUACAAAUGCCAUGUCUCUUCAUUGGUGGGUUAAGAGACGCUGUCGGUGUUCCUGCAUUAUUUGCUUCUCAAAAACAAUAUAUGACGCAAUUGACGGUACUCGAAAUGAACGCGACUCAUUGGAUUAUGGAAGAGAUGCCCCAAGAAGUCAAUGACUCUAUUGAGAAAUGGGUCAUGACUAUUUUCAAAUAA